AUGCCCUGCGCCGUCGCCACGUUCAGCCGCGUCCGUGCCCACGCACCGGCCACCCCGUGCAUGCCCUGGGGGUCCCCAGCCCGUGCUCCCCGCGUCGUCGCCCGUUACCGCCUCUGCCUCCCGCCGGAGCUCCACGCCGACCGUCGUUGCCACCGCUCCGACGCCGGCCUGCUCCCUCUAUGCCCCGAGCGGCCACUGCCGCAGUGCCCCCCCUCGCAGCCACUGCGCCUCCCGCUCGCCAGUCCGGUCGCCGCCUCCGGCCGGGCACUUGGCCGCCAGCGCCCCACCGACGCCGCGCCUGCACAGCCUGAUCCCCAUUCCCCCCUCGCACUCCUCUCUCUCCCUCCUCUGCCCAAUCUGGAUCGGGGCAAACCCCCGAUCCCAUCGGCCCGAUGCCGCCGUCGAUCCCCGCGGCCACUACGCCGGGGCCCCCUCGCUGGGACGCCCUCCCGCCUCUGCGCGAAUGCCCCCGACGCCGCGGAGCUUCAUCACCAACCCGCCGGAAGCCGCGGCCUCGACCCGUCGCUGAUCCACGCCGCCCCGCAGCUGCACCACCGCCUCAACCUCGCCGUCGGCCCCGUCCUCUCCCUCGCCGGCCUGCUUCCUCCCCCUCCCACCGGACUGCCUCCUCUUCGCCGCCUCGUCUCCGACUUCCCCUUCGACCCCACUGCCUCGUACCAUACGGCCCCCGUGAGCCUCCGCCUCCCCUCCCUCCUCUCUUCGCCGCGCACGCACGCUCACCGCGCCACCGUAGCCCUCCCGCGUCCGCGCCUCGGGCUCACCAGGGUUCCGCGCGCGUCGUGCCCCGCGCCGUCGCCACGUUCAGCCGCGUCUGUGCCCACGCACCGGCCACCCCGUGCGUGCCCUGGGGGUCCCCAGCCCGUGCUCCCCGCGUCGUCGCCCGUUACCGCCUCUGCCUCCCGCCGGAGCUCCACGCCGGCCGUCGUUGCCACCGCUCCGACGCCGCCCUGCUCCCUCUAUGCCCCGAGCGGCCACUGCCGCAGUGCCCCCCUCGCAGCCACUGCGCCUCCUGCUCCCGGUCCGGUCGCCGCCUCCGGCCGGGCACUUGGCCGCCGGCGCCCCACCGACGCCGCGCCUGCACAGGCAAGCCCGUAA